AUGGUUGAUCGUCGCCCGGACGCUGACGAAGAAGGUUCACGCGCGAAGCGCCAGAAGAUGGACGGAGGCUCUGACCCUCGCAACAACCCCUACCUCGCGCACAUGUACGAGGAGCAGCAGCCCAACGGGGAUAAGAGUUCGGUGCUGGCCAAGUUCAAGCGCCACCAGACCACGGCCGCGCUCGCGAAGAAGGCUGAGGAUGGCGAUGUCAACCCUUUCAGCAGCCAGCCCUUCUCCAGCAAAUAUUUCUCCAUCCUGAAAACUCGUCGGGAUCUGCCCGUGCACCAGCAGCGCGAUGAGUUCCUCCAGCUGUAUCAACAGUCGCAAAUCCUGGUCUUCGUCGGUGAGACGGGUUCCGGAAAAACCACCCAGAUCCCGCAAUUCGUCCUAUUCGAUGAUCUCCCUCAGACCCAGCGGAAAAUGGUCGCUUGUACGCAGCCCCGUCGAGUGGCGGCCAUGUCUGUUGCCCAGCGUGUUGCAGCGGAAAUGGAUGUCAAACUCGGUGAGGAAGUGGGUUACAGUAUUCGUUUCGAGGACAUGACCAGCCCCAAGACCCUUUUGAAAUACAUGACCGACGGUAUGCUCCUGCGAGAGGCCAUGAACGACCACAACCUGUCCCGUUACAGUACCAUCAUUCUGGACGAGGCCCACGAAAGAACCAUGGCGACUGAUGUCCUGAUGGGUCUUUUGAAAGAGGUUGUGCAACGCCGGCCAGACCUGAAGAUCAUCAUCAUGUCUGCCACUCUGGAUGCCCAGAAGUUCCAGCGCUAUUUCAUGGAUGCACCCCUUCUUGCGGUUCCUGGACGAACACACCCCGUCGAGAUUUUCUACACUCCCGAACCAGAACAAGACUAUGUCGAGGCAGCGAUUCGCACCGUGUUGCAGAUUCACGCAACCGAGGGUGAAGGAGACAUCCUCCUGUUUCUGACGGGUGAGGAAGAAAUCGAAGAUGCAUGUCGCAAAAUAUCUUUGGAGGCGGAUGAGAUGGUAAGAGAAGCCGAUGCGGGCCCCAUCAAAGUGUACCCGUUGUAUGGCAGUCUUCCUCCGCACAUGCAGCAGCGCAUCUUCGAUCCCCCACCGCCGCCCCGUCGACCUGGUGGCCGCCCGGGGCGCAAGGUCAUUGUGUCAACCAACAUUGCCGAAACGUCUCUGACCAUCGAUGGUAUCGUCUAUGUCGUCGACCCCGGAUUCUCCAAGCAGAAGAUCUACAACCCUCGGAUUCGUGUCGAGUCGCUGCUGGUAUCCCCAAUUUCCAAGGCCUCUGCUCAGCAGAGAGCUGGUCGUGCCGGUCGUACGCGCCCCGGUAAAUGCUUCCGUCUGUAUACAGAGGGAGCCUUCAAGAAGGAGUUGAUUGACCAGACCUAUCCGGAGAUUCUCCGAUCCAACUUGUCGUCUACCGUUUUAGAACUGAAGAAGCUUGGAAUCGACGACCUUGUCCACUUUGAUCUGAUGGAUCCGCCUGCACCCGAAACGUUGAUGAGAGCGUUGGAGGAGCUCAACUACCUGGCAUGUUUGGAUGAUGAUGGCAACCUCACUCCUCUGGGCCGCCUGGCAUCAGAAUUCCCUCUGGAUCCCGCACUUGCUGUGAUGCUGAUCAGCUCACCGGAAUUCUAUUGCUCAAAUGAGAUCUUGUCUAUUACCGCCUUGCUGUCGGUUCCUCAAGUCUUCGUUAGGCCUGCCUCCCAGCGGAAGCGUGCCGAUGAGAUGAAGGACCUGUUCGCCCACCAGGAUGGCGAUCAUCUCACCCUGCUGAACGUCUACCACGCUUUCAAGAGUCCCGCAGCGCAGGAGAACCAGAAGCAAUGGUGCCACGACCACUUCCUCUCGCUGCGCUCCCUCCAGUCCGCCGACAAUGUCCGCUCGCAGUUGCUCCGCAUCAUGGAGCGAGAGGAGCUCGAAAUGAUCUCCACUCCGUUCGAGGACAAGAAGUACUACGAAAACAUUCGGCGUGCCCUGUGUGCUGGAUUCUUCAUGCAGAUCGCCAAGAAGGAUUCCCAAGGCAAGAGCAUGUAUACCACCAUCAAGGAUAACCAGAACGUCCUUCUGCACCCGUCCACCGUCUUGGCUGUUGACGCCGAAUGGAUCUUGUAUAACGAGUUCGUGCUCACAACGAAGAACUAUAUCCGAACAGUUACUGCUGUCAAGCCCGAGUGGCUCUUGGACAUUGCUCCCACCUACUACGAUAUCAACAGCUUCCCCAAGGGUGAGAUCCGAGCUUCUCUGCUCCGUGCUGCUGAUAGACUCGCCCGGAAAGAGAAAAUGCGCGGUGACAAGCGCCGAUAG